AUGAAUUGUCCACAUGACGACACGGAUAACUGUCGAUACGACUUUGUGCAAAGAUGGUUAGAUGCCCACGCGAAGUACUUCAAGUCGACUCCAGUACAAGACUCAGGCGAAACUUACGUCGCCUACCGUACAUACGGCCCUAGUCAGGUUCAUUACGGAUAUACAGGCGUUAUACAGUACACGCCAAAUGUUGUGCGCUUACCUUACACAAUGCAGCCACCGUUCAGAAUAUCACCAACGCAACCUCCAAAACUCUAA